AGAGUUUUGUCAAUGAACCGCUGAGACUCGCGGGUGAUCUGUGGCUCCGGGCAGCCUGGCACCAGCACAACCCCCUGCCCACAGCGUGACCGAGGAUCCCUGGUCCUGUGCCCCCUGGACAAUGCCCGCCGCCCUCUGCCCGGGAGCCCUGCUGCUGCUGGCGGCCACUGCCUGCGCCCUGAGGACGGGGGAACCAUCGUGCCCAUCAACCUGCCUCUGCCCCAAGACACCCUCUACGUGUGCCCCUGGCAUCAGCCUGGUAACGGACAGCUGUGGAUGCUGCAAGGUCUGUGCCCGUCAGUACAACCAGGACUGCGAUCUGAGACAUCCCUGUGAUCACAUCAAGGGCCUGCACUGUGACUUUGGGGCUGACCCUUCAUCAACCAGGGGCAUCUGCCGUGCAAAGUCUGAAGGUCGUCCUUGUGAAUUCUUCGGCCAAAUCUAUCAAAACGGAGAGAACUUUCAACCCAACUGCAAGCACCAGUGCUCGUGCAUGGACGGAGUGGUGGGAUGUAUGCCCCUGUGUCCUCAGGAAAUGGCCCUGCCUAGCGUGGAUUGCAUUAAUCCCAGACUUGUGAAGGUCCCAGGACAGUGCUGUGAGGAGUGGAUGUGUGAUAGCAACCACAUCUCAGAGGACUCGGGAGACACCACCAUUGGAGACGUGGAUGAUAUUUUAAAGUCAUCUGAAGAAAACCUUGACCAGGAGGAUGUGGAACCUGUAUCCAGCAACGAGCUCAUUACAUUGGUCCGAAAUGGAUUUAAAGUGGAAGCAGGUCUGGGUCCUCACCCCCAACCAGAUCGCUCCAGCUGUGCCAUCCAAACAACCGAAUGGUCUCAGUGCUCUAAAUCCUGUGGCAUGGGACUAUCCUCCAGGAUAACCAACGAUAACCCUCAAUGCAAGCUCAUGAAGGAGACCCGCUUGUGCCAAAUCCGGCCCUGCAAAGACCCAUUACCAUCCAAACCCAAGAAUGGGAAGAAAUGCACAAGAACAAAGAAAGCCAAGCAAGCAAUGCAUUUCACCUAUGCCGGCUGCACCAGCGUGCGUAGGUACAAGCCAAACUACUGUGGCUCCUGCACAGAUGGCCGAUGCUGCACCCCAUCCAAAACUAGAACCAUGAGGGUGCGCUUCCGUUGUGACGAUGGAGACACUUUCCAGAAAAGCAUGAUGUGGAUUGAAAAGUGCAGGUGCCACCAAAACUGUCCCUAUCCCAACGAGUUAUCUUACCCUCAUUACCGGUUACACAAUGAUAUCCACAAAUUCACAGACUGAGUGGCCGAAAUGGCUUUCUUGCAGACUUAUGGGGUGGUGGCCUUGAAAACAAAAUGGUUCCUCAUCCUUCAAACUAUUUCCAACUUGCAGGGCCCGACCACCCAAGAUUGGGUAGUGAUAUAGUGGACAGUGCAUCAUGUUGUAAGUGGUCUAGUGAUGCACUACUUUAUCAUUGACCCUCUUGAAAAAAAUUCAUGGAAUGGAAGAGUGGCGCACGUCACGGGCUUCGCAGUGGUAGAGAGGCAGAUUUAUUCCAAUGUGGCCGAAAAGAUACAUUAGCCGUAAAAGUUCAGCACAAUUAGACUGUAGAGGAGUCCCGGACACGGGAAAAUUCAGGGUAUCUGUACAGUUGAGCAGUAUUAUGACAUAGUGGACUGUAGACGUCCCACCAAGUCACUCAUCGCAUUGACAAGCUCUCGAGCUGUGGUGGUGAUCCUCGGAGAACAUGGUAAGAUGUCUUCUGACUUCAGCUUAUGAGGAGACCUCAUGUCAACUUGAUCUCCUAUAAGUAUCUGAGAAAUAGUGUAGAUAAGAGGAAUGGUUGUAUUGACGACCAUUGUCAACAAUGUAGACCUUGUAGAUCAUGACUUGUGUAUCCCCUGAAGACCAAGACGAACCCAGUUAGGUUUAAGACAUGGUUUAAGACCUGUUCGAUUAGGAUGGUCAAACACUGGUGGUCACCUUAAGACAUGAUCUAGUAACAGGACUAGUGAGACCUAGCUCAAAGGUAAUUUUUGGGUUUGAAACGAGACAACAUGAAGAUCUUGAGAACUUCAUGGGCUACUAUUAACCCUAAAAUGGGUCUCUCAUGACCUGAAAGGGAUGGUUCAUUAAACUGAGGUUUCUAUCUACAGACCGUUCAGGAUUAUUUUGUGUACCGCCCGCCAUCUUUCAGGAUGUGCAUUUAUGUGGUGAUUGGUGGAGAAGGAACAGUCCUCAUAUGGUCUGAUACUCCGAGAAUCAUAGAGGGGAUUCUCUGAGACAGGAAAUAAGGGAAUUAUAAACUACGAUAUGGUAUAGUAGUUUUGCGGAAAGGCACUUUAAUAAAAAUUGGACCGUUUGCUGCUUUUUAAAACUCCUUCAUUUGUUCAUUGCCCCUUUGACCCAGGUAGGGGACAUCCACCACAGGGUGGUGCUUUACUGAAAGUAAAGUUGAGGGAAGAGCAUCAGCCAGGGAGCAACCAAAGAAUUAGCAGUUAUAAAGAUAAAAAAUGCAAAAAAAUACAAAAAAAUAAACAAGUAUACAACCUAUCAUAAUGGUCAGCAGUCAGGCAUGGUCUACAAAAGCUGCUAAAUGUAUUUAAAAAAAAUAAUAAUAAUUAAUCCCCCAUCCAUAAAAAUUCAACACAACUGCAGUGUGUUAACCUCAUAUGGGGGUUUACUACAUGACAGUAGGAACCAGUGACAUCACAGAUAAUGCAGCCAAUGAAUGCUCCAGGAACCAGUGACUUUACUGCGAUUCCAGCCAAUUAAAAUACUUUGAGCCUGUGACAUCACUAGAGGCUUUACCAAGAUUCGUAUGAAACCCAUAGCCAUGCUUCUUUAAUGAAAUGAGUAUCAAAACCUUUUAACUUGUGUCUGCCACCCACCCAAAAACCCAUUAGCAAUUUGGAAAAGUAUUACCCUGUGACAUCAUGUUUACCAGUCACAUGGUCAUGUCAUGUGACUUCAGUGUCUAAUGGCCCUAUAGCUGGAUUAGGUUAUACUUUCCAGCCAAUUGGUGGGAUAUGAGGGCAAAAGUUUUAAUACAAACCUAUGGGUAAUUGUGUCGAUUUAAUUCAACAAACGUGGCUAAAUAUUUAGCCAAAAAUCCUACUAAUGCUGGAAACCUCCCUUUAAGGGAGGGGUCAAAUGAAAAAGGUUGGCAUAGGUUCAUAGAGAUAUAUAUUAUCACACUGGGCAGUUAUACUUUUGUUCAACCAGUUGGAGGUUAUGCAGCACACAGUAGCGGUCGUAACUUAUGACGAGUGGUCAAGUCUCCACCCCCUUCAUAUGCCACAUUAUGGUGCUUGCAUUUCUCUAGGCCUUGCGAUCAAUACUGCCACCUGCGUGCCUUAUGUUCUGAACAGGGGUGCAAAUAUUUUUGAAAUGCUGAAAAAAAAAAAAAAAACUUAGGUGCCUUAUAACCAACACGUGGCUUAAAGGCUAUGUACACCUUUGGGGGCAUUUUUUUUUUAAAUUAUUGUAUUGUACUAAUUUUCAGCUAAAAAUAAUUUUUUCAAUUGGCCUUUAUUUAAAAUGUUGAGCCUUUCUCUCUGUACAGCCUUAAGAUUCUCUAUUAGCCAGCUGUCUGUUUUCACUCUGUUCCAUCAGACAGCUCAGCUGACGGCUCCUUAUCUCUGAUCUCUGACAUUAGAAACACUCAUUGUAGCUCAAUUCUUAUCUUACCGAUAAGAAUGUGGCGUGAAUAAAUGUUCAUGACCUUUUAGUAAUUUAGAAAUAAGGGUU